ACUCCAACGACCGUUAAUCAUUGCCCUUUCCCACAGUCCAAUACACCCCAUCCAGGCCCGCUGGAACCGCGUCGCCGUGAAAUCACCAAUGGAAAAGCACGACAGAACCACGGUUGGGGCUAUUGAGGAGGCUCGGCCGACGGUCGCGGACCUGCACGGGGAUAAUCCUUUUGCUCUGGCUGCUAAAAAGCACUGGCUCGCGGAGAAACCGGUCAGGUUUAAGCCGGAAGCCUUGAAGACAGAAUUCUACGACCCACUGGAGAAGGAUGGCUUUCCCUUCCGGUCAUUGCUGAUCCUUGAGAAUCUUCAGUUUCUUGAGAAGUUUGUUCCCUAGCCUCUCACUCGUGAGCCUUAAUUGCUGAUCUGAUUUGCGCGCGCCAGACUAUUGUGGCCCAAUUUCGUGGAAACCGCGUCGAAUUACCAUGUCGUACUGAUCGCGCUGAUGGUGAAUGUCAAGCGGCGGGAGAAUCUUAAUGUCUGGGGUAUACAAUCGGGCUCGUGAAUAUUGAUGGUGUCGCGAAUUGCUGAUAUAGAGUAUUAGAGUACAUAUCGUUGCUGCCCGAGCAUUUCCCGCUUCUCUUCCGUCGCAUAUUGUUUAUGACCAUUGAUCACGGAAUCUCUCUGUCCAUAAGAAACCACCUUUUGACCUUCAUCGUCACCGCAUUUCAAUCGCUCGAUAGUGGUCUAGUGAGGAAGGAGUGUGCCCCGCUGGUUUCGAUAUCCAUUUGGAGCAAUCUUUCGAGUGAGGAAGUACGGAAUGCGCGGCUGGAAAAGUACCCCCAGACCAAAAAAGCCUGGAGGGCGGCUGGGAAACGGUUUGACUCGGCCGACGAUAGCACGAAAGAUCGGUUGCGAUUCGAUAGACUGUGGCUUUUUGAAAUGAUAUUGGAUUUCUUAAACAUGAUGUAUAAGCCAUUGGAUCAACAGGAAAGUGAUGAACCAAAGCGUGCGUGCGGUCGCCCCCAGAUGUCCACAAUUUCGGCUAAAAUUUAAUAGAGAUCCUCAACUAUUGCGAGCGGUUUAUUGAGCUUCUAACGGAUCUCGAAUCUCAGAUGCCAACAAGACGAUACGUUAACUUCUUGUUAAAGGAUCACCAUGUGCUCACAGCAAUUAAGUUAUCGCCCCUUUAUACGAAUUCUGAGAAUGGUUUGUUCCGUGAUCUUUAUGCAUUGCUCUCCCACUACAUCAACUUUUCGAUUGAUGAUCACACCGGAUUACAGCUUUCCCAGGAGGAGUCCCGGAAAAUCCAUAAUGCGGAUCUGGCAAAACUCCAAAGAAUAGCAUUCAAGCAUUUCAAAGAUAAAUUGACUAUUCUAGCUCUAGCCAAUUACGGGAGCAUUGGACAACGAGAUGAGCUCGCAUCCCACAUCGCAGAGUUAGAGGAUGGAGGGGUGGUAGAGUUGUGCCGCCUGCUAGGGCUGCGCACGGAAUACCCGCAAAAGGUUGCUAUGUCUGUAAACCGAGCCUUUUUGACAGAGGCAAUAUUGCAGUGCUAUGAGAAGAGAAUGACCUUUCAGGAGCAGGCAAAGGAAUUGCCUGUGCUGCCAAACCAGGAUACACUAUUUGAGUCUUCUUUGCUCCGUAAUGAAUAUUAUGACGGGUCUGGGCCCCUAGCUAUCCCGAAACUCAAUUUGCAAUACUUGACUGUCGGGGACUUUCUAUGGCGAUCUUUUAUUCUUUAUCGAUGCGAAGCGUUUUUUGCAAUUAGAAGAGAUAUCGAGGAUUCGUUACAUCGCCUUGCGCCGAAGCUUUCGCACCCAAGCAUGACCACCCAAUUCCAUGGGUCCUCCAAGAUGGCUCUAUUGAUCACGAGACCUUCGUAUGUGUUCAUCUAGUUUUGAUUUGGGUGAUUAUGGCAGAACUGACGGCAAGAGCGCGUAUAGAAUACUCGAAACGGCCCCACCCAAAGUCGGUGAGGAGAAACCGGCGUUUGUUCGCGCGGAAAUUAGUCUUGACUAUGCUCGACUUUCCGAGGACGUUCGGCGCGAUUGGGACUCCCUUCGGCCAGAUGAUGUGGUCUUUCUGCUCGCCGUCAAGGGAGUUGAUGAGGGCGACCGAAUGAUCACUGAUGGGUCACCCGAUAAACUGAAUGCAGCAGAAAGGUUCGGGAUCAAGUGCCUGAGGGCUGCGGAAGUCGUACAGCUGCUUGACCAGGAUGGGCGACCGAUUAAAACCAGCGAUGGCCAGGCUCGGAGGGUCAGCGGAAAGCGCAGGCUCCAUGUUCGCCUAGAUCCGGAGAUGUACAAGGUAUAUCGCGACAUCGCUGAGUGCUAUAGAGUAUCAUAUAUUCUAACUCAUUGCUUGGUGGCAGAUCGACGCAGAUGGCCUGAAGGCCGGCAAGCCAGAUGCCUACGACUCCAUAAACGUGUUGAUCAGACGAAAAGGAAGAGUCAGUACAAGGUUCUCUGUUUUCCAUUGAAGCAAACGUUAACGUGAAAACCAGGAAAACAAUUUCAAGCCUGUCCUGGAAUCAAUUCAGGAACUUACUCAGGCUGAUGUGCCCAUGCCAACAUGGCUACAGGAGGUCUUCCUAGGGUAUGGGGACCCUGCCGGGGCACAUUACUCUAAACUUUCGAAUCAGCCAAAGCUGGUUGAUUUCCGGGACACAUUCCUUGAUUGGCAACACUUGGCGGAGAGCUUCCCAGGAACAGUGUGUUCCCAGGUCUACUCCACUGUUCGCACUACCCAUACUGAUUAUUGUGGUAGAAACUUAAGCCGAAGGAAGGGUUGCAAGAGGGAUGCGAUCCUCCAUAUGUGAUCUCGCGAGAAACUGCUGUAGAGCAGCCCAAGCCCGCAAAGAAGCGUAGGAGGGACCAGGAGGAUAACCUCGACAAAGAGGAAUCCUUGGUGGUCUCAACCUACAAGCUUCCGAACAUGGGGCCUUAUCCAAUUGAUGUGCCACGCACGAACCGUAUCAAGUUCACCCCAACACAAGUAGAGGCCAUCCGCUCUGGAACCAACCCCGGUCUGACCGUGAUUGUUGGCCCGCCCGGAACUGGAAAGACCGAUGUUGCUACCCAAAUCAUCAGCAACCUGUAUCACAACUUUCCUACCCAACGCACUCUAUUAAUAGCCCAUAGCAAUCAGGCCUUGAAUCAGCUUUUUGAGAAGAUCACCGCUCUAGACAUCGAUGAACGGCAUUUGCUUCGAUUGGGGCAUGGCGAGGAAGAGUUGAAGACAGAUACUAAUUAUAGCAAGCAGGGGAGGGUGGAAUCCUUCAUGGUGAGCUCUCCUGACAAAUUUCAGGACAAUAGCUGAUAAUCAUAGGACAACCGCGUGAAAUUAUUAGCAGAGGUUGACCGAUUGGCUGCCACUCUAGGCGCUCCCGGCGCGCAUGGCGAUUCCUGUGAGACUGCGGGCUACUUCAACCUGGUUUAUGUUCGGCCAGUGUGGGAGAAAUAUCAGAAUGUGUUGUCUGAGGAGGGCUUCACGUUGGAGAAGCUCUAUGAAAACUUCCCGUUCCAUCAGUACUUUUCGAAUUCUCCGGGGCCCAUGUUUUCGCAGGGCUUGUCCCUGGAGGAAGCUAUCGAGGUAGCAGAGGGCGGUUACAGGCACAUCGGGAAGUUGUUUACGGAACUGGAGGAUAUUAGACCGUUCGAGUUGCUGAAAACCGCAAGGGACAGGCAAAAUUAUUUGCUCACCAAAGAAGCAAGGAUCGUCGCCAUGACUUCGACCCAUGCUGCAAUGAAGGUGGGCCAUAAAUCUCCGUCAACCGCGAUGGCUAGGCACUGAUGAAACCCUUUUUAGCGCGCCGACAUUGCGAAGCUAGGCUUCGAGUACGACAACGUUGUGAUGGAAGAGGCCGCACAAAUCACGGAGGUUGAGACUUUCAUCCCGUUAGCUCUGCAAUCUCCGAAGAAAGGCGAGCUUCCCCUACAGCGCGUCGUACUAUGUGGAGACCACUAUCAGAAUUCCCCCAUCGUGCAGAACAUCGCGUUUAGGCAGUACGCCAAUCUGGAACAGAGCCUAUUUGCAAGGUUGGUAAGGUUGGGGGUCCCAACCGUCAAUCUAGACCAACAGGGACGUGCGCGUGCGUCUAUUGCUAGGUUGUACAAUUGGCGUUAUCGUGAGCUCGGGGAUCUGCCUCUAUUAGAAUCGCUGCCGGAAUACCAGACUGCGAAUGCUGGGUAUGUAGUAGCGGGGAUACGCCAAAGGUUCGUGCCUCAUGACCUGCCUGCUAACCUGUCCGUUUACAGUUUCCGCCACAAAUUCCAAUUUAUCAACGUCAAGGACUACAAAGGCCAGGGAGAAUACGAGCCUACUCCGCACUUCAUCCAGAACCUCGGAGAAGCGGAAUACGUAGUGGCUAUAUACCAGUACAUGCGUCUUCUCGGCUACCCUGCCGAAAAAAUAACAGUACUGACCACAUACCUUGGCCAACGUUCCCUCAUCCGGGACGUUCUUAAUCGACGAUGCGCGAAGAACCCCUUGUUCGGAAUGCCCGCAUCCCUGACUACAGUGGACAAGUACCAGGGCGAACAAAACGACUGUGCGUUCCCCUCCCUCCACACCUACCCGCCUUCCCACCUAUGCAAAUACGAGAGGCUAACGAGUGACUAGACGUGAUCCUUUCCCUCGUUCGCACGAAACGCGUUGGCUACCUGCGUGACAUCCGCCGCAUGACGGUUGCCCUCUCCCGGGCUCGGUUAGGUCUGUAUGUAGUUGGGCGCCGGGAGGUUUUCGAAAGCUGCUACGAGCUGUCAGAAGCCUUCUCCCGCUUGUUGGAGAACAAGAGCGAUAAGCUUGAAGUCGUUAUCGGCGAGAUGUGGCCUACGGAGAGGAGGGACAAGGCCAAGGAAGGGACGGAAAUGGAGAACGUGGAGCAUAUGGGCCAAUACGUGUACGAGAUGACCGUGACGAAAGUGGAGAGCAUGAGGCCGGUCAAGCAGUAGCAGCUCCUCUCGCAUGACAAAAAUCUGUCGUCUACUUAAGUUAGCAUUGGAGAUCAGCAGGUGCGGGAAAUUGUAUAAUAGUCUCUUCAUUCUAUACCGAUUAAGAUGUAGAGGGGAUUGAAGGUACGGGUACGGGAUCUUAGUGGUGAGGGUGGGAGGUCUAAUUAGAGCAUGGAACGUAAUGAAUGCAAUCGCGAUAUCAAGAUG